UAGCUCAAGGAUGCUGGGAAAUUUGGAUUCUCGCCAUCUUGUUUGUAGUGAGCUCGCGAAACUGUGACAGACACAACGAUGCGGACAUUAGAUCGCAAAGGAAGUGACAUAGAGUGAAGCAGAAGAAGAAGACUUCACAGUUAUAAUUAUCUUCUUCGGAUAGGAUUUGUGCAAUAGUGAUUUUAACAUGUCGACGACCAAACGAAAGCAGGUCAAGCUAAAAGCAGUAGCCCCAAAACAUAAGCUUUUCCGUGCCAACGAACCAUUGCUGAGUGUUUUCAUGUGGGGUAUCAACCACACGAUCAACGAACUGAAUCGAGUCAACGUGCAUGUGAUGCUUAUGCCAGACGACUUCAAAUCCUACAGCAAGAUUCGAGUAGACAAUCACAUGUUCAACAAAGACAGCAUGCCCAGUCAUUUCAAGGUGAAGGAGUACUGCCCCCUCGUGUUCAAGAACCUGCGAGACCGCUUCGGUAUAGAUGACAACCAGUACAUGCUGUCCCUGACACGGCACAUCAGGGCGUGCGACUCGCCUGGCAAAAGCGGAGCCCGCAUGUUCCUGUCGCACGACAAGCGCUACUUCGUCAAGACGCUGGUGUCGGAGGAAGUGGAGAUGAUGCAUCACAUCUUGAAGCAGUAUCACCAGUAUGUGGUGGAGUGUCAUGCCCAGACGUUGUUACCGCAGUACCUGGGAAUGUACCGCCUGACGGUGAAUGACGUUGAGACCUACAUGGUGGUGAUGCGGAAUGUCUUCAGCCCGCGACUCCCGAUUCACAAGAAGUACGACUUGAAGGGCUCUACUGUUGACAGGCAAGCAAGCGAAAAAGAGAAAGCCAAGGAACUGCCAACCUUAAAAGACAAUGAUUUUGUCAAUGAUGGAGCAGUCAUCAACAUUGGUCCUAAGGAAAAGGAUAGGAUUUUGAAUAUUCUACAGAAGGAUGUGGAGUUUCUGUCCAGUCUUCACAUUAUGGACUAUAGUCUGAUUGUUGGAAUCCAUGAUGCCACACGAGAGGACAUGCAACAGCGCAACUCCUUCCCUGUCCCAGCCGAUGAGGAAGAUGAUGAGGAGGAGGAAGGGCCAUAUGAAGAGCAAUCCGAAGAAGUUGUCGAAGAAGAGGAAAAUGGGCUUGGUGGUGAAGAGGAGUGUGGAGAUGUUGGAGUGCCCACCCCUCCAGACUCUCCCCAGCCAACCACUCCAAUGGUGCCAUUUUGUGGAGAGCUGGAUGGUGAACUGGAAAGAUUUGCUGUUAGGUCUACAGAAGGAAGUGGAAAGCAAGAAAUCUACUUUAUGGCCUUGAUCGACGUUUUGACAAAGUACAGCAUGAAGAAGCGCACUGCCCAGGCUGCCAAGACUGUCAAGCAUGGUGCUGGUGCUGAGAUUUCCACUGUCCGCCCUGACCAGUAUGCACGCCGCUUCCUGGACUUCAUUUCCAAAUGCAUGGAGUGACUUCACCUGCACAUACCUUGCCUGCAUGUUUCUUCCCCUGUCCCAAUCCCCAUCCCUAUCCCCUGCUCCAACAUUCACAAAAUGACAGCUGCUUACGUGAAGCUAAUGCAUACCCUUUUUUCAAAAGAGCAGAGUUUGAGCUGUGUGUUUGGCAGGGUGUUGUCACAACAGUGUGGGAGGACAUAUCGUGUUGGCUGUUGUUGAUUUUAGAACAGAUGGACCAGGACUGCAUAAGAGAUGAUGAGGCUUUGCCCACAGUUAAUAAUUUGUAUCAUACAUUACAAACUUGCUUACACUCACUUUAUCAUAUUGAAGAUGAAAUAUGUGGUCACAUCAUGUGUUUCUGAUUUGGGGAUGCGGUCUUAAAGCGGCCACAAGAAAUGAGGCUGAACUUUUUUUUUAAUGAUGACGUUCAUUAAAAAUACUUCCCCGCAGCUCCAUCUCUAUAAAAUAUCAGUCUUUGAUUGAGUCAUAGCAGUCAUUACAGUGCAUUGUAUAGUACAUUUCUGGGAACCUGUGUUUGGUGGUUCAGUGCAAAAUAGCAGCAAUAAGUCAAACAGGAGUUUUCACAUUUUAAAACAAGGCUUGGAUAAGCUUGCAUAAUGCACAUUGCUUUUGAUUUUUCUGCGAACCAGCUAUGCAUAAAAAAAUGUUUGCUGGUUUUGUAACACUUACAGUGAGAAGCAGCAAGACAUGCAAACAUCCCCAGAUUUCAGUCUUCAGUGCUCAUCAAAGCAUAUGCACUGAACUUGUACGUUAAACUACAGUACCAUUUUGAGCUUACCUUGCCGUAGACUCUCGGAAACUUUCACUCCCGGCAUUUUAUAACAAGUAGUUUUGCUAAAGUUCUUCACAUUCCUUUUGUGACUUUAAAGCAGUUUUUGGUGUGCCCUUUUCCACUUGUGGUGCCUAACUUGAUGUCAUUGAGCUUCUUUGAGAAGGGAACUGCUAACAAUGAAUUAACAGUGAAUAUGUUUCCUCCUUUCAAGUUUUAGUUUUGAAGUAUAUUCAUUAAUAACAGAUGUUUCCUUAAACAGCAAAAACAGUUGCGCAUAAUGUCUGUGUAAAGUGCAUGGUGUAAGUCCUGCUCAGAGAUGUCAAGUAUAUUCCUGUUGUGCAUGAUGCAUGUUAAAAAAAAAUUUUAAAUAAUUGAUGGGUGCGGGGGGGAAACCGAGGGAAUAUGCCAUUAUAUGAGAGACCAUCCUGUUGAACUACACACGUGAGCCCAAAAGCAUUAUGCAUGCAUUUUUUUGGAGCGAUUGAGACUUGUAUGAAUGAUGCUAAAUCAUCUUUUUUAUUUUUCAUUGAACUUUACAAGACCAUUUUAAUCCUCAGUUUUAUCAUAAAAUUUGUAAAUGUCAUAUUUCUUCCUCAUAAAAUUGUGUUUACUGUGACAGUAUUUGUUCGGUCUAGGUAGAGAAUGCAGGAUCUUAAUUUUUUUUUUUCAGUUCAUUUAUGUAACAGGGUUGCUAAGCCAAAUCUUCUGAAAGUUAAGUGGUUUUCAUGAAAUGGUCUUACCUAAGUCAUUGAAGUCAUGUUUCAGUUGAGAACACAAAUAGGCAGAGAUCUAUUGUUUAGUAAGCUACAUGUAUUUCAAAGUAGCUUAAAAAGAUGCUGUGAUGUUUAACAACUUUUUUAAAAUCACAUGUAUGGUCAGCUUAUUUCUGUUAUUUGAGUUUGAGAAAUCUGUGUUUCUUCACAAUCAUGUGCCACCCUUCUCAUGAGAUUAAGGCAGAAUUUCACAUUUUUUACAAAACUUGCAUCCACAGUCACCAUAAAGUUCUGUUGAGGUAUUCUGUUGAAGAAAAUCAUCUUAGCAAUGUCCAGGAUUGAGUUUCCGUAAGCAGUUUAUAUGUCUGAAAUGAUGUUCACUUGGUGGCCUCCUUCAAAUGGCUGUAUGUUCAAAUUUUAAACAGUUUCUUUCAACAACAGUCUAUUACACUUAUACGAGAAAUGUUCCUUAGCGGUCAUCUUAACAUUUGCUCACAAUUUUUGGCAUUAUAUUGCCCAAACCAUACAUUAAAAAGAUUGCUGGUCAGAAUUGGAAAUAAGUGCUGUUAUAUGUACAUAUUUAAUCCUUUUGUUUCUAGAUUGCUGCUGUAAUUUUCUUGUCUUAAUAGAAAAAAAAAUGAACAAAAGUAAAAGUUAGCAGUAUCUUCUAAAUAGAAGGGCAUGAAAUAAGAUACAAUUCUUCCUUAUGUAACCAUUAAAAUAGCACAAAAAACAAAAACAUUUUGGUAAUGUAAAGUGCUUUUUACAAGGUUUGCUCUUGUGUUGCUUUCUCAAUUUUGAAUCUUGGAUCUUUGUUUAUGGUUGGGAUUUUUCCUUUUAACUAGAUUAAUUUUUAUGUUUUAAACAUUUACUCAUCAUUGAUGGAUAGUAAUUUACUCCAAUUUUACACUGAUGGGUUCUGAAACCAGAAAAGUUUUUUUAAUAACCCAUUUCAGUAUUCAGAACAAGAUUCUAAAAAGUCUGACAAAGAGUACAUUUAUUAACAUGAUGGCGAGACACUGAAACACUGGUUUCAUGAUCACUGCCUGUUGGAAAUUGUAUAAUUUAAAGGGGGGCGUCAUUCUUGAGUGACUAAUCUUCAUCAUAUUAAUGGGAAAAUCAGAGUACUUUACAUUUGAAAUGAGUGUAUAAUUUGUUUUAAAUGUUACGUGUACAUGUGAUGUAACCAUAAAAUAGCUUUUUAAAGUAGUAUUUAAACAUUUGACAUUAUGGUUAUGUGCAAUGAUUGAUCGUGUGGGUGUAAACAUGUAUUUAUUAUAGACAUUAUAGGUCUAAUUCAAAGCAGGAUCCAGAAUGUUUUUCUAACAGAUAAGCAUUAAUCAAGCAUUAAUUAUUUUUAGAAUAUCACUAAGCAUUUCAAGGAAACUUGCUGAAGCUAGCAGAGUUUUCUUUGGGAGAUAAGAAUACAAAGAAUAUCAUUCUUGAUUCUACAGUAUAUAUCUAGUAAGAAAUCUGAUCAGGUUGAUCAGCUCAGGGUUGGGGAUGGGGGUUAGUAAUAAAGGAACCUUUUCAGGUGUUAAAAUAUGAAGGAGUAACACAAAUAUAGAUUGUCAUCUUGUUUGCUGUAUUACUAAUUCUUGUAGCUAUUUCUAGCUUAAGAGCUGUUGCCUGUGAAAGUUGUAGUUGAAGGUAGAAUUUGAAGUUGGCAUAAAUACCUGGGCUAGUCCCUGAUUAUUUCAUGUUAAAUUGAUUGGAAUUAAGUGCUAAACAUUUUAUGUGUGACCACCAUUGGUGUUGACUGUUGUACUGGUGAAAAUGUAAAAAUAUUGAAUAUUUGUGUUACUCUGUUAAUGACUGUCUCUAUCACUUUGGCACAUGUUGGCCAAACAAGUCUUGUAGGCAUCGUGUCAUUACUAACCCAGUGUAACUAUUAUAAAUCGAUCUUUUAAAAGCUGAGAAAUCAUCACUUAUACUUGAACUAUUGUCUCGGCGCCCAAAUGAGUGAUAUAAAAGUGUAUAACUGAUGAUGAUGCAACCAUUCUAAGAAUGGUGUGGUUAACCCAGCAGAUGUCUAAAGAGCUCGAGGGACCACGUAAAGAGUUCCUGGCCCUGUACCAAAGAUGAAGAAAUACAAUGUAUAAUAUACUAGUUCUGGUGUUUAUUUAUUUAAGUGGUUGCAGGUCAGUGGUACAAAAACAGCAUAAUGUUGCAGUGCCUAAGUAUUUCAUUUGAGUUCCCUUCACAAAUAGGUGAAACACACGUAGCUAGACAAUCUUUGGAUUGUGGAGGUCGCAAUAUGUGAAAUAGUUGGGGGAAGUAGGAAGGCUUAACAUUGGAACCAAGAAUCAUUUGAAACUUCUUUCAACAAAUAUGGAUGACUUGUUUAUUUGAAUUGUCUUCACUACCUGCUGUUUUAUUUUCAGGUGCUGCCCAUUCAAGUGUUCAUUGCACACAUCUUCACAGUUUGAUCUUCAUUGCUAUGUGACUAGUCAGCAGUUUAGUCUGUCACUUCACUAGCCAACCAUUGCUCACCAUUUUAUGUGACAUGCACUGUCUCAGUGUUGAGUCUUUCCUGCACAAUUUAUUAUAUGAAUUCUUUGUUUGAUGACUUUUACUUAGCAUCAGAUUCUGUUUAUUCUAAAAACCAAGCAGGUCUUGCAAAAUACCAUGGCUGAGCAGAAGCUUAGUUUUAAAGUACAUGAUUUUUGUCACAUAGAUGAUCACCUCAGCCUGCAUGAGAUUAACAUGUAGAGAUUUACAAAACAUGCUUGCUGUUUGUAAACUAAGUUAUAUCAACCAUCUCACCUUUUAAUAGAGUAUUAUCAGUGCUGUAAUCAAAACAACAGCCAAAACUCUCCAGAAACUAACUGAAAAUAACCACCAAAACAAAGGGUUUUUUUUUUAUUCUGCUCUUAAGGAAUGUCUUAACAGACUUUUUUGAGGUUCCUUAAAAUGAGAUUAUGACAUAUUUUGCCAUCCUGUUUGUAAGCAUUGCAUUCAUAUGUCAUUGUAUUUAAAAUGUUUCAGUGGUUACUGACAUGCUUAUUCCUCUUUGUAUGGCAUAUGCAAACAAGAUGACAUUGUUUUCUUUCAAGAUCCAUGUUGUAUGUGUAUAUGCACUUCUGACAACUGCAAUUAAAUUCAGUAUACCUAA